CCAAAAAAAAAAAAUAUAAUAAUAAUUUCGAUUCUCAAUCUCAUUUUUUUCCUUUAAAUAAAAACCAUAAAACCAUAAUGUCUCAAUUACCUCAUUUUGAAAAUCUUUCCGUUCCACAUCAAAUUAACGAAUAUAGAAGAGAAAAGAUGAAUCUAAAUUAUUAUUUAAUUGUCGAAAAAGUUGUUUCAACUUUAAUUGAUGAGCCGACCUUAAUCAGAAUCGAGAAGUAUAUAACUCUCUCUCUCUACGAUCUUUUAAUUCCGACAGAGAAUAUUAGUGGUAAAGUUCCAAGACCGCAAAAUAGUUAUAUAAUAUAUCGGCGAAAUUACCAAGCAAGACUUGCCUUGUCUGAUGAACCAAAUGCAACUUUAAACAAAAUUUCAAAAAUUACUUCGAGCAAUUGGAAAAAUGAAUCAUUAGACACAAAAAAAAUUUUUGACAUUCUCGCUGAAUGCGCAAAAAAAGUUCAUAAAUGUAUUUUCCCUAAUUACGUAUAUAAUCCCAAAAGACAUGCCACAAUUAAAAGUCCGAUGACAUCAAAAAAUAAAAUUUUUUGGCAAGAUCCUUUGGGAACACAAUUUUUAUCUAAACAAUCAUUUCGUACAACACGUGAUUAUCGUACUCCUUUAUCAUCCCCGUCACCGCAAUAUCCAUUAACAAAUCAAGUACAAGAUUCUUCGUCGUCUUCUUUGUCGUUAUCAAAACCCCUUUUAACUUUCGAAAUUAGUCAAGAUCUCUUGAAAUCUUUUGAUAAAGAUAUUUGUAAAAAAUUCGAUAUAAAUUUGUAAAUUUUUUUUUUAAUUUUUAUUAUGAUAAUUUUAUGUAUAUAUUAAAUUAGAG